UGGCCCUCGCCCUUUUGCCUGGGGGCUCCUUUAGAGGGGGUGGGGGGAAAGGAGGGGAAAGGCACUGGGGUAGCUCUAUUGCCUGAGAAAUUUGCUAUGGGGAAAACUCUCUGGUGGAGCCUUUUGCUCAUCUUUGCUCCAGCUGGACAGCUUGGAGAAGCCGAAAUAGCAGGCGACAUAUGCCGCUUCUGGUCCUAUGGGGCAGGUGCCUCUUCUGCCACUGUCUUCACUUUCCAGUGUCCCGACCAAAAUGAUGAAGCGGAUGCCAGGUUUUGCUGUGGGACUUGCGCUGCUCCCUACUGCUGCUCCUCCAAGGAGUUCCGCCUGGACCAGAAGCAGUGUGUGGGCAGUGAACAGCGAAAGGUGGCCACCAGAAGCCUAGUGGGCAACCAAGGCCUGAGGAAAGCUCAAGGAGAGAGAGGUGCCCAAGCCAGAGGGGUGGUGGGAGUAACCCAGGCCAACCAAAUAGGACAGACCACCCAAGUGGAAGAGACUACCCAGACAGGAUGGACCACCCAAGCCAACUCCACCAUGGACUUGGUGUUGACCACCCCAUCUAUGGAGGAAGACCUACCAGAAUGGAUGAAGAUGCUGUCCAUUCUGCUUGGGAUUGCCGUUGCCAUUGCUUUCAUCUGGCUCACCUGCCGCUUAUGUGCCGCAUGCCGGGACAACCCCUGCCUGGUGCUCCUGGUGCAGAACAUGUUAGAGCAGGAUUCGCGUCCUCCAAGUCCAACGCCGUCUGACGACAGGGCUCCUCCUUCUCCUCCUCAUCCUUCUCCGCGCAUCAGCACCAGGCCUCCACCUCGCAUCAGGAACAGGCCUCUGCCUCGUGUCAUCAACAUGCCUCCUCUUCCUUUUGAUGACCCUCCACCUUAUCGUGAGGAUAACCCGCCACCCUAUAGCCUUGAUGAUCCCUUCAGUCUGCUGGCCCGUUCUUCUUCUGAAACCGUGGUGCAUUUGACUUGCAUGAACCCUGGUUAUCAAGAGGAUGAAGAGGUCCCUGAAAUGUCUCCGUUGGUUCUUCUUGGAGAUGGCCAUAAUGUUUCCCAGCCUGCCAUGGACGCAGAACAAGCCUUGCCCCUGCCAGACCCAUCCAUUGAAGGGCAAGUUUUGACUCUGGCAGACCCUUCCAGUGAAGGGCGACCUUCAUCCCUUCCAGAAGUUGUUGGAGAAGGACAAGCUUGGCUCCAGAUGGAGGCUGCUGGUGAAGGAGAAGCCAUGUCUCUGCCAGAGGAUGCUGAUGGAGCACAAGCUUCAUCCCUGACAGAGGAAAGAGAAGCCUAUGCCAUGCUGGAAUUCUUUGUGAAAAGAGGCAUUGAAUCUCCACUGGGGCCUAUUUCAGAAGAGGAGGAAGAAGACGACAAUGAUGAAGACGACAAUGAUGGCACAGACAUGUAGCCAAAGAUCCGUGGGGCUUUGAUAUACCCACUGAAGCAAGACGUCCCCAUUAGACAGCAAAGUUCAUUUUUAAUUUUUUUUUUAAAGACUAAGAUUGAUUUGAUGAUGCUUUUAAUUGUGUGUGUUCAUGGUUAGAUGCAUUUUGCUUUUAAAUAUUGCUUCUUGUUUGUUCCAUUUUGUAACCCUCACAUCUCUAUGGUAUACCAGACACUAGCAUGUCUUAAAUAUUAGACAUUUUCACACAAGCACCCCCAGUCUAUGCCGGAGUUUAGAGGAAGUUGUGUUGGCAAUGUGCCUCUACGGCAUUUGGUUUGUUUUAGCCCCACCAUCUCUGGAAAUCAGCAAAAGGGAUUAACCCUUUUGCAUUGUGGAUUGUUGCUGGUGCCAUCAAUGCAACUACUCAAUAUGAUGCAACCCCCCAAAGGAGACUUGAAGGAACCUCCAAGCAAGUAGAUGUUAUUGGAGCACAAUUUCCAUAAACCUCAUCAACACAACCCACUGUAGAAAAUGAUAGGUAUUACAGAACCCAUUGGGUAACAUAUUAAAUUAACUGUUAGUGCUGCAUCUAAACUUUUGUAAGGAGAGUGGGAGGUUAAGAACGUGAUGCAAGCAGAUACAAUGUAAACACAGACACCAAAACUUCUCCUUUAUGAGUACCAUUCGUUCUUCUUUGUAUCCAGUUUGUAACUGGAUGGAAAGACUAUUAAAUAGCCAAAGAACAGACUAUCCAUGGAACAAACCCAUCAAAUAUGAUUUAUUGAAUUUACACAUGAAUUAUACAAGCAAUGCUUUGUCUAUCUUUCCUCCUAGGAAAACAUAUGCAGGGCCAGCUGAUUUGCAAUUAAUUCAUUUAUGUGACUGUCAACUUCUAGUUUUAUCUGUAAGACCGGGGACUAUCUGCACACGCAACACGGAGUCCUUUGUCCCACCGCAAGACCUUUUAAGCUUGAGAAAUUGUAUGUAAGACUGAUUGUUUCAAUAUUCGAACACUGAUGACACUAAACCAUGAGCAAUGCAUCUUUCCUGGACUGCAAUGCUUUUGGCAUGCGAGAUGCUGUUUUUAGCCACCCACAUUUGUCAAAGGUAUGUUUCCAAAUUGUACGUGGAGUAAUGCUUCCAAAUUGUAUGUGUAUCAAAAGUCACUAAUAAAUGCUCGUCUGAUUUUAAA